AGGCUGGACCGCGGGCCCCGGCCUGGGGGCCACAGCUGCCACCGCCGCCGCCACCUCGUCUCCUCCCCGUCCCCGCCCCGUCCCGUGUCUCCCCGCCUCGCUCGGGCCCGCGGCCGGGGUCCCUCCCCGCCGCCCCACCCCGCCCGGAUGCCGAAGGUGAAGGCGCUGCAAUGCGCCCUGGCGCUGGAGAUCCGCUCUGUAACUUGUCCAGGAGUGGUGCUGAAAGACAAGGAGGACAUCUAUCUUAGCAUCUGUGUGUUUGGCCAAUACAAAAAGACACAAUGUGUCCCACCUACUUUUCCAUUGGUCUUCAAUGCCAGAAUGGUGUUUGAAAAGGUGUUCCCCGAAGCAGUAGACCCUGGAGAUGUGGUUGCACAGCUCGAAUAUGAUACAGCAGUGUUUGAGUUGAUACAGCUUGUUCCGCCAGGAAAAAAAAUACAUGGCCCUGAAGCAGUGGGUGAAACACUGUCUACGUAUGAUGAAAAUACAAGAGAUUUCAUGUUCCCGGGUCCAAACCAAAUUUCUGGACACCAUGAUUCAAACCGCCAGGUUACCAUGAGGAGGAUUUCUGGCCUUAGAGGAAUUGCUCCAAAGAUGGAAUUUUCUACAACCUCAGUGAUUACUGAAUGUCUCAUAAGUUCGAAGAAGUGCCGCACUCAGGAUAAAUUUAUUUACCACUCGGCUCCAGUUGAAAAAUCACACGGCAGAUUGCAAGGCAGAACAUCAAGAUCACAGAAGAAAAAAUCCAAGUCACCUGAGAGAAGUAAAUGCUGCAUAAACGCAAAAAACUACGAGCAGCCUACAAUUUCAUCAAAAUCACAUUCUCCAUCUCCCUACACAAAAAGACGCAUGUGUGAGCUAUCUGAAGACACCAGGCGGCGGCUGGCCCAUUUAAAUCUGGGACCCUAUGAAUUCAAAAAAGAAACAGAUAAACCUCCGUUUGUGAUUAGACAUGUUGAUCCCCCAAGUCCCAGGGCUGAUGCUUUAUUUGGAUCUUCUGGCAGAGAUUGUGAAAGAGAUGGAUGGUCCAGGAUGCACAAUGAUCAUUCUCAUCAUGCCUGCUACAGACCCAAGGAUUAUAAGCUUGUCAGAGCACCCCAUGGGAGAGACUUCGAUGACUCUUUGGAAAGGUGUGAUGAGUAUAUGAACACAAGGCCAUGUAGCAAGCCCCAGCAUUCAGCGAGGACAUUACUAGCCCAUUCAGCACCCUCAACGAUGCCUAAGCAUUCUCCAAGCCCUGUGUUAAACCGAGCUUCUCUCAGGGAAAGAUUCCAUUCUGAUUGGUGUUCACCUUCAAACUGUGAUGAGAUCCAUGACCGGGUAAAAAAUGUCUUGAAAUCACACCAGGCUCAUCAAAGACAUAUAUAUGAUGAGAGAGACCCAGAGAAAGAAGAGGAACUGGAACUGAAAAGAGGGCUUUUUUACAGGGACUCUGCCUAUGAUAGUGACCCCGAGUAUAGCUCAUUUCAUCGGCCACGUGGCACUGUCCAUUUGGAUGAUGGUGAAUACUGGUCCAACAGGGCAGCCUCUUAUAAAGGAAAACCCCACCGACCCAUCUUUGAGAACAGCAUGGACAAGAUAUACAGGAACUUAUACAAAAAGGCCUGUAGUUCUGUUUCUCAUACACCGGAAAACUUCUGAGGCCAUCCGUGAUAAACAAUGAGUGUCCGUGUCAACUUCUCAAUGAAAACGUUUGAUGUGAUCAAUAUCUGUAUUUCUUUUUAUUUUGAACAGGUGGUUCUAAUUGAGUAAUGAGACCUGAAUAAGUUCAUUACUUCAAAUGGUAAACUAUCAUAGGCAAGUCUUUUUGAUUACAGAAGAAUAUUUGACCUUCCAAAAGUCAAAGCUCUGGAGCGUAAUCAGAACUUCCAGUUUGAUUGUGACACAGGGUUUUUCUGUCACAUUUGUAUAUCUCUUUGUUUCACCACCUACAAAUCCAAGAAUAGGUUUCUCUAGAAAUACUCUUCUACCUUAACCACUGUAUAAUUUUCCUUUUUUGUGCUUGACUGAUUAUUUUGUCCAGGUAAGGUUUAAUUAAUAUUAACUUCCUCUUCUUGGUAAUGAGAAAAAAUAUAUAUUGUAAAGAAAUGAAUUCCCAAGAGUUUAAACUGUUUUAACUGGUAUUUUCUACUUUUUUCUCCCCCAGAAAGGGCUAUUUAUAUUUCUUAAAAAAAGCUGGUAAAAAUAGCUUUUUUUUUUUUUAAGUAUAUACGAUCGUUCAUUCCCUCUUCUCUAGAAGAGCUACCUAUGGGACCUAAAAUGCGUAAUAGUUAGCUGGAAAUGGCAGUGUCUAUAUAUAAUCCAAAACCUGAAUAACUAAUUUUUAAAGAGAAAAGUUUUACAUGAUUUUUGUUUUGUGUUUCACUUUUUGGUUACAACCAGGAUCAGAAAAUAGCCUUUGUUAGUCAGCUUGUAGAGACUCAAAAUGAAUAAUUUUAGCUCAUCAGAGUUUUCAUUGGUACCAUAUGGCCCAAGAAAGUAGUAUGUUUUAGAGAAAUGGACACUUAGAACCAGAAAGAGGAGUAAAAUAUUAUAGCAGAACUCUGUGUAGUACAAUCAGUCAAAAUCUAUUGGUUAAUUAAUAAAAUUAGCUUUUACUCUCUAUACGCACACACACACAUCUGUGAGGCCAGUGGCCAUUUGAGAUAUGAAGAAAUUAGUUGCUUCGUAUUUACCAGGGAAUGAGGGGGAAGUAAAGGGAGAGCAGGAAUGAGUGAACCAUAGUCAUAGUACAUUCUAGCAUGUGCCAAGAAGUCCUGGUGUAAACCUGUUUUCCCUUAGUAUCUAGUACAGAGUCAGGAAUAUAGUUGGUGCUCACUAAAUAUUUGUUGAAUUAACCAGAAUUUCUUAGCACUCACUUCCAAAUGCCAUCCUCAGGUACACAUGGACAGCAGUUGGGAAAUGCCAGGCCACACGAUUGCUUAAGCACCCUCUGCUUCUAGGCUAUAUAAUGAUGGUUUGCAUACUGGCAUUUGAAGAUCAACAUUGAAUAGUGCUGUUCAUAUUAUAUCCUUAGUUAACCUUAGAGUGUUUUCCUGUGAAGACCAAAUGAAAAAUACCUGUUGAAAAGUUGCUUCUUAGUGAAAAGAACAAAUAUAAACUUCAAAGAAAAUGUUUUACUAUCACAGAAAAGCCUCCUGAGAGAGUAAGUACCACAGAAAUUAUGUAUUGCUCCAAUAUCUGCCAUUGGCUAUAACAAAGACAUAAAAACUGAGGCUCAGAGGGAACUGGUAUUCUGAUAGACAUUUUCCUAUGGAUUAAGUUUGGUAUCUCUCUGAAGUACUGGGGACAACUUUCCAGAUAUGUAGCAUUUUUGCUAAGUGUCUGAUUAUUUUUCAUUCCCUAAGGGAAGGAGUGGUCUUUGUUGCUUCCCUAUUACUUUGAGUUCUUAUGUUGUAUUAUCUUUAGAUUAAAUUGUUAAGUACUAAUAGUUGUCUUUUCUUGUUGAUAGAAGCAGAAAAAUUAUUCUCAGUUUUUUUUACAUUUCUCUCAAAUACAGUAAUAGUCACUGUACUUACUAUGAAAGGUAAUGAUUCAUGUCUUCCUUUUAAUGUAUGUUUUCUUAUAAAUAAUAGUAAAAAAAAAUCUGGGAAUUUUAGAAAGGACAGAGUCAAAUUCAACAAAGAAGGCUGAGAUGAAUCUUUGGAUGAGAAUGAGUCCUCUCUGGUUCCACUACUAGUUAUAUAACCUCUUUUAAGUCAUUUAUCCCUCUUGGAGCUCAGAUUUCUCAUCUAUAAGGUUAAGGGAUUAGUUUAGAAUCAUCUUUUAAUGUUCUAUCAUUUAUAUAACUGUAUAAUUGAUUAACAUGGAGGAUCAGGAAAUCCUAGGUAACAGAGUUGUGAUUUCAGAGAUUAUGCCUCUUGUUAAAAAUCUAGAGUAGGUAGAGAAUUGUAAUGAACAUGUUCAUUUUUAUUAUAACAGCUUUAUUGAAGUACAAUUCACAUACCAUAAAAUUCACUCUUUAAAAAUAUACAUUUGAGUAGUUUUUAAUAUAUUUAUGGAAUUGUACAACUAUUACCACUGUCUUAAUUCCAGAACAUUUUCAUCAUUCCAAAAAGAAAUCCCGUACCCACUUGCAGUUACUUCCCACUCCUUCCUGGCCCCUUAACCUCAGGCAACCACUCAUCUACCUUUUGUCUCUAUGGAUUUGCUUUUUCUGAACAUCACAUGUAAAAGGUAUCACAGUAUGUAACUGACUGCUUUAACAUAGCAUAACUUUUUCUAAGUUCAUCCAUGUUGUAGCAUGUGUUCUUCAUUCCUUUUCAUUUCUGAAUAAUAAUGUGAAUUUACUACAUUUGGUUUAUUAGUUCAUCAGCUGAUGGUUCUUUGGGUUGUUUCCACUUCUUGGGUGUGAAUUAUGCUACUAUGAACAUAAUGCUACUGUAAACCUGUAUAUCCAGGUUUUUGUGUGGCCAUAUGUUUGUUUUCAUUUCCCUUGGAUUUAUCCUAGGAGUGGAAUUGCUGAAUCAUAUGGAAAUUGUGUUUAACACUUUGAAAAACUACCAAACUGUUUUCCAAAGUGGUUGUACCAUUUUACAAUUAUGUUUAUUUUUAUUUUACCUUAGGAUCCCAGACUAAUUACACAUUCAAGCAUCCAUCCAUCCACCACACAUUUAUUGAGCACUCUGCUAGAUGUAGAGGAUAUAUGUAACAUUUUAAAAGGCAUCUUCCUCAAAAUAUGUAGUCUAUUCAGAGAGAAAAACAAUAGUGUACUUAAACACUUAGAUUGGUUUGUUAACUUCUGUGAUAAAAGAAUGCAAGAAUGGGGAGAAGGCCUCGUAGCUUGAUGAAACAGGACAUGUUAAGGUGUGAAAAUGGAAGAGCACAUGAUUGUUCAGAAAACUCUAAGUCCUUUAGCUGGAGGUGGUGUGCAAAGUUGCAAAUACUUUGAAAGAAUGUGACAAGUGCAGUAAGAGAACUGCAAAGAAAAUGAUGAGCUUGGAGCCAUGGUAGAAAAUGAUAGAAAGUUAAUGAUAGAAAAGACUAAACACAUAUGAAUUUUCAGCUGGGUGGGACUUGAAAGAUGGGAAGGAAUUUGGAAAGCAGGAAACCAAAAUGGAACAAACUAAAUAUUGUACACAUUUUCCAAAGGUAAAGGUGAGGUCGAGGAAAAUGUCCUGCAACUUUGGAGAACUCAAGACUAUAAAAAGGGAUUUCGAAGUCAGGAAAAAAUAAAUGAAAGUCCAUGCUGCUUUUGUCCUAAUUUUUAUGUGACCAUAAUGGACACCGUAAGAAUAGUGUAGUUCAAACAAUUGCCCUUUUUGCUGAUUUAUGAAGCCUUGCCAGUAGAGAGUUAGUUUGAGGAGCCACCCUUUUAAAAAUUAAGAAAGAUAUCCUCCACCCCACCCCAGAUUUUCUAACUACCUAGAAAUUCAUGUGCAAAAUGAAGAGCCAAGAGAAUUUCCAACUUUUUCAAGAGUCAUUGAGUUGUCAUGAGUUUAUAUCUCUGAAUGAUACACUUUGAGUUUAAUUACAUAAGGUUCCCUCAUACAACCGGAUCUUGUGACUGUUUAUCCAUUCAGCAAACAUUAUUGUAGACAGUCUUCAAGGCACUGACUGAUAACCCAAAGAUAAACAAAAACACAGUCCCUGACAUGAGUUUGUGACAGAUACUUAGGCAAAUACUUAUUACAUAGUGAGAGAAGUACUAUAAUAGAUGGCAGAAAUACUAUAAGAGCAAAAAAAGAAGGCCUGAUUGAGAGGAGUCAUAUGCUUAGAGAGGGACAAUAACUGCUGUUAGUCGAUAUUCUGUCUCGCAGGCCUGGAUAGCGUAAGCCUUAGCAAAUCACUUAGUAGGUUUUUAAAGUAGGAGGGAAGUAACCCAACGCAGAACAGAUGUGAGCUUUCUUCUCCACUACCACACCUACAUUAUUCUCGAAAAGUUAAUUAAGAAGUCCUUGGUCUCUUCUUUAUUUAAAAAAAAAAAAAAACUGCUUUUGGGGGGAAAAAAGCGUGUCUGUAAGACACAGGAAAGUGCAUUUUGCUGUAUUUCUGUAGAUCACCUCCAGGAAAGUACUGAACAUGAGAGUUGGUGAGAUAAAUUGGGGUUCCUGUAAUGAAAGAAGUUGCCCUGAUUGUUGAUGGAGGGAUGGACAAGUAAACCCUUAUUCUGGGUUUAGUAUCAAUGGAUUUACCCAUUUUUACUCUGUCAUACUCUUUGUAGGCUCGUUUAGCAAGCCUCAUUUCUUCUUCAUCUUUUCAUUAUCUUUGUAUCCCCAGCACCACAAGUUGUCACCUCAUAGCAUCUGGGCAUAUUAUAGCACUUAACAAAUCAAAUUAUCAGUGAUUUACUUAUCUCCUUCUGCUAGUCACUGGUCUUAGACCUUGUUCACCUCUGAUCUCUUGACACAAAGUAGGUGUUCAAUCUGUUUAUUGAAUAACUGAAAGAAACAAAAAAAAAUAUGAAAGGCCAUUAAAAGCAAUGCAAAGCUAACUCUGUCUGGAUAUAACAGAUUAGAGUAGUGAGAAAAAGACCUGACAAAGCCAUUGUUAACAGCCAGUCUCUAUGCAUUUACCCAAAAGAGAUAAAGAUGAAAAAGAUGAGAAAAAUAAUUUGUUGUACCAUGGUCCUCAAGAAGGAAGAAAUGGUUGCUCAGUGAAAUCUAUUUUCAGAAGAAUACUCUUAAAGUUAAAAUAUGAUUGCCUGUGUCUUUUUGUUCGUUUCUUGGCUAACCAACUGAGAUGCACAGGGCUCAGGUAACAUGGACCAGCUCCUAAACUGCUACUGCAAGAGUUGAUAAGUGUAGUGUUAGGCAAUGAACCAAGGAAGCAAUUGCCUGCAGUUGUUUAGAGCAGCUUAUAUUCCAAUGCAGUUUAAAUCCCUUCUAUGAAAUGCAAAUUUCCUGGUUCCCAAUAUUCUUUUCCAAUUUCUUAUCUUUUGUCAUUCACAAAGCAGAGAGUCUGACUGAAGGAUUGAAUAAUUCUCCGUCUUUUAGCCUUCAAAUGUAACGAACCCACUCAUUCUAGAAACUGUGGUUAACCCUCUAAUUAAGAAUUUGCAUCUAUGGUAAGUAAGGUAGUUAUGUGAAUAUUUAAGCAAAUAUUCAAGGAAGUGCAGCCUCCCCCUUUUUUUUUUCUUUACUAAUGUCUUUAAUCUUAGUAUGUUGCAUUUAAGCUGGGUUAAUUCACAUAAAUGAGCCUGAUAGAAGCCAGUGUAUUCUACUCUAUUUGGAAUAGCAUAUAAAUGUUUACAGGGUUAUUUUUGGCGUGAGUUUGUUUGUUUUCAUACUCUGUCUCCAUCUUAAUGACUCCUUUAAAGUUCUUAAAACAAGGGACUCUAACAUUUAUUAAGGACCUCCAUCUUAUUUGGUGAUUGACACACGUCGUCUUAUUUCAUCUUUACAAUGACUUUGUGAAGCUAGGGGAUGGUAUAUGCAAUCUCAGUUUUACAGACUAGGAAACUGAGGGUUAAUUUGUGGUUGGUCAGUGAUAAACACAGCUAGUAAAUGGUAACGGUUGCAUCUGAAUCUAAAUCCAACACUACCUCUCAACUGGAUACCAAACCAAAGGACUCCAUAGCGACUCUAUAGGACAGAGUAGAACUGCCUCAUAGGGUUUCCAGGGAGCAGCUGGUGAAUUUGAACUGCUGACCUUUUUGGUUAGCAGCCGGGGUCUUAACCCUGCGCCACCAGGGCUCAUUCAACUAGAUGAGUUGUUAAAAAGCUUGGCUUGUUACAGAUGAGUUUUUAAAUGGUGGAGUAUCUCUUCAGAAAGGACCUCAGCAAAUUAAAAUGCAAAUUGAACUCGCUAAUAAACCCUAGGACAAAUAUUCCAAUGUCUGAACACUAAAGGGAAUCUCAUGAAAUUGGUAAUACAGACACAUAUAAAUAAGGGGAUGGAAAAAGGUUUAUGUAUAUUCAGAUUUUUAGAAAGUUCCAUUACCAGGGGGCUGACAGCAAGAUUGCAUAGUAGAAAAACAUUUCCUUCACAACUUUUCAGAUCUUCAUUUUUUCCUGCUUUUGAAAUAGGAUAUUAAUAAACAUUACCCUGUGUUCCUCAGAGAAAUAUUAGGAUUAAAUGAGAAAAUGUGUGUGGAUGCUCUUUGAUGUAUAUUAGGCACUGUACUAUCUUGCUUUUAUAAGUGACCUGGGAAAGGGAAUUUGUAGUCUGAAAAAUAUCCUGGCAUAAUAGCAAUCCUGUUGGUCCUGGAGCUGAACAGUCCUUGGAUUUCUUUCUCUGGGUUAUCACCUGUGUUCCUUAACCUUUCUGAACUUGUUUUUUCAUUUAUAAAAUGAGAUGUCUUCACAGGUUUAUUGUGAUCAUUUAAAGAGUUAGUGCCCAUGGAACACCUGAAACAAUGCAUGGUGCUCAAUGAAGGACAGCUAUAAUUACUAAAAUUCCAAGUCAAUAGAGUACGCUGAAAGAUCUUGAGGGACUGAUUGAGGGAAAAAAAAAAAAUGG